GGACAGGGCAAAGCUCAACUUCUUCGACUCGAGGAAAGAAUGGUGUUCCAUACCUCCACAUGAUGAAGAGCUUUCUUUGAUGGUGGUAUACAUGUAUCAGUAUGAUGGUGAUUGUUCUUUGAGCGAUUCAUACAAAUAUUUAUGAGGAUCAAUGUUGAGUCGCUUUCCACGACAGUGGACUUGAAAAUCUAAAUACUGAAACGAGUCGGCGGGAUUCGCCUAAGACGAGAUUGUUGGGAACGAAAAAUAUGGUCUUUUGGAUUCUCAUGAAAGUGCUUCUAGGAACUUCAGCUUCAGGAAUAGCCUCAGUUAUUAGAUUGGAGACCUCUACUAGUACUAGCGCUGGUCUGCAUGGGUUUGGGUAAGAAUAAGAAAUUGUAAUCUUUUUUGAUAAGUUGCGACAGAGUGGAGCGUGCUGAUGACCUUUUCUUUGUGGAACGAACUUUCGUUGAUAAAUUUUCGCCAGAUUUUCUCUCCCACGCACAUGAAGAUUCCUUCUCUUUUCUCUGACGAAUGUCUUGCAUCAUCGGCGCAGAACUGCGGUAUUCUUGAAAAUGACUGAUUACUGAUUUUGAUGGUAGAAGGAACACGAUAUAGGCUGCAAUUAAUCCUCUCAUUCUGAAGUAGAUACCGAAUCUUUUUGCAACAUUUUCAAUGGCAUUUUCGUAAGUCAUGGAAGAAUCAUGACAGCACCCCGCCCAUCCGCGUUGUCCCGUCUGUCGUGUGGUUCAACCAUCGAAGAUACCGAAUACUGCAGAAAUUAGUCAGCGCGUUCUUGUCAUAAUGGUGUUGGAAUACGAGAUCUUGCUGCCUCAGCUGGCACUAGUUUUGGCGCCAUUCGUACUACUUGUACUUUUUGUGAUGGUCACCCUUAUAACGUAAACAUUAAUUUCUUUAAGAUUGAUUAAGCUGAAUCUUUUUUUCUAACAUCAUAAUUCAGCCAAAAGCACAUACUUAUACAUAAACCUAAAACAAGGUCGUAUUUGCGAUAUGGCGUUGGGACAGCGAGACAGCAUUUACAGAUCGCAGGUUACUCGAAGCUCAACAAAAAGAAAAAUCUCCCGAUGGAACACUGCCGCCAAUAGAAAUAGUAGAACAGCAGCUUUCCCUUGCAUUAUGAACUCAGUCUUGAUGAAUCCAAGUAAUUAAAGUUCCACGCUUGGUUUCUAAAUUGCUCUAGUCUGUAACAUACGAAGUACCGCAAUAUGAAGUAAGGGACAAUAAAAAUGAAGUCAUGACGAGACCGAAUGUGUGACCCUUAAAAAGUUCUAUGUAGUAUCAAUGAUUUAGUACGAACAACUGCUACAACUUAUGAAUGAAGAAUUUCUUCUCUUCUAAUUGUGGAGCCGGUAUCCAUCGAGACAGUACUCAUCGUCUGCGUCAGUAUCGGCCUGUACAUUUACGCUUGCUAUGCAGUGGUCUCGAUCGAGCGAUCCAUUGAAGAAAAGCGGCAGAUCGAACGGGUUCACCAGAAACAGAAACGAGCGUAGGGAGAGAUCAUAUGCAACAACGGGCAACAAGAACAAUUAUCCGAGGAGCACACCGAGAUCGAGAGAUCAUAGGAGAAGCAUCGCAACUGCUUUUCUGGCACGGAAUGGGUACAACAUUAACAGACAUGAAGAGGGGCGUCCGCGGGCUUGUCGGUAAGAAGAGAACCACCACCCAAUAAAGCGAAUCUACCGUCUGCCUUGCGAGAGGAAGGGCACGAGCACAGUCAUCCGCAUGGUGACGGCGGGGACGAUUUGCGGACGAUUGGCAGCGGGAUGAAAGUUGAGACAUAGGCAGCAGAAGUCGGAAAGAAAACUAUUCCACGAAUGUUGUAACUGCCGGCACGUUGUGUUUACAAUUGGGAGCAUGAUCGCGUUGGGAUCUCCGCCCAUGAUAUGAUGUUUUUUUUUCGUGUCGUACCUUUUGUCUUAUAUCGAUAAAGCUACUUCAUCAAUAUCCAUUUUGACGGCUAGCAAGCAUAAGGAUCAAUCUUACUCUUUAUACUCGUAGAGAAAGUACUGCUAAACAUCCUCACUCUGGCAUCAUUUUUCCAUUGUCUAUUGCCACGGUUUGGUUACGCAUACUAUUCCUCGACCACCCAAUCAUGCACAAGCCAUGAAGUCUCGGCAGAAUCCGCGACAUUAUAUAUAUAUAAGUGUUGCAACGAACACCAACACGCGUACGCAAUGUAAGCCCAGAAUCUGUGUUAACGCUUAUAAACAUGGUUGCAUUUUUUUAUAAAGUGAUUGCCUGCGCAGCAAUACCCCAGCCGGAAAGGGCCUGCUAUCCACAAAGGGUGACCUGCAGUAGAGGGUGACGACCUCUACACGCGUUGGUGAAGCCUUGUUGAGUCUCAAGAAGCGAGCGGAGGUUCCUCGCCCUUUCUCGAGCAGCCUUAUGUGUGAGAAGUGUACACAGGAUCAUUUCCAUUUUGCUCCGAGACGCUGAUCGUCUCGGGGUAUUUUUAGCAAGCGAUCUUUCCUU